CUUAUCAAUAUUUGAACAAAAUUUACUAAAAAUGAAUUCACUCAGCAUUCCCAAUGGCGAAGGCGUUUGGAAGAAAAGGUCAAAGAACAUUAACUUGGGGCCCUCCCAAUCAAAUAAAGAACUAGAAAAAAUUAAGGAUGAGCAGACCCAGUCAGAUAAACUUACGAGCCAAUGGUCUACAGCAAUCUCUGAAGCUCCUCAGACAUCAAGCAAGAAGCAAAAGUUUGACCUUACUCAGAAAGUAGAUUUUGAUGAAAAUGAUAGUUUUAACGUUGGCUUGCCUCAGAAAAUUGUAAUGCAACCUUCUGAAGCAAACAAGCGAAAAUCUGAUCGAUCCACUUACAAUUUGACCAUGAACAGGAUGAGAAAGCUCAAGAUUGGGAACCAUGAUUACAGUAGAGGCUAUCAGCCUUUAUCAGUAAUAAAUGAUAACUCAUUGAAUCUUCCAAAUAGUAAAUUUGAAGAAAGAGAGAAAAGAUUAAGUCCACAAGACCUUAAUUCUCAGAUACUUGAGGAAAAGCCUGACCAAGAACAUAGCUCCAAUGAAGACGAUCCUCAGGAAUAUGAAGAUGAUGAUAAGGAGAACAACCCACUGAUACAGAAAUUGAAGAGGAAAACAAGAACUCUCGCAUAUAGAAUGAACACCAUCGAUACUUUUAGAAGUUCCUGCUUAGACAGUGAGAAUGAUGAUGGAAAAAAGAAAGGUAAAAACAAGGACAAAGAAGAUGAUAUACACUUCCUUGAUGACCCCUCCUCCAUCACUGGGGAUAUCGAUUAUGAUAAGAUCGAGGGAAGUUUUAAUUCUUGUCUGAAAACUGAAAGCUUAUUUUAUGAUAAAUCUUCUUUUCUCCAAGAAGAUGGCCCACCUGACCAACAAGAGGCUGUACGCUUAUUUGCUCAGAAAUCAGAGGCGGAAGAAAACAUCAACUCUCAAAAUAGUAGCUCACAACUCAGUUCACUACGCUUAGUGAAUGAAGUCACUAAAGAAAUUGUAGACUUUCCAUUAUACACUGAGAAAGUAUUUAAUCUAAAUUUUCCAAGUGAAACUUCUGGUUGUUUCUCAAACUAUUUUACCAAAAUAUAUGAAAGUGAAGAUGAUGAAACCCCAUUGGAUAAUGAUUGAAUGACUCAGCAAGAGUGAGCACAGUAUCACAUCGAUGAAGCAUUUCUCAACCUAGACAAAGAAAUCAGCACCUUCCUAAUCAUCAAUAAUACCGACGACUUGCUCAAAUCAAAGCUAAGAUCAAGAUUGCUCAGAAUAUCAAAAGAUGAUUCUAAGCCCACCCCAGUCAUCUCUAGGUAACUCUCCUCCAAAAAUUCCAAAUAACACUCAUUAACA